AGAAGAAAAUGAAGAAAUAAGAACACAUCAGCAAAAACAAGUUAUUUUUCCCUAUCAGUUAUUAUGUUUAAUUUUUUCAUCUUUUUCAGGCCAUGGAGAAGCUUGUGGACGCAGGACUGGUGAAGGCCAUCGGUGUGUCCAACUUCAACAUCUCACAGAUGGAAGAGGUUCUGACCAAUGGGAGGAUCAAACCAGCUGUCAAUCAAGUGGAGUCCCACCCCUACCUGGUGUGCAGCAAGCUUCUGAAGUGUGCUGCAGACAACAAUGUCAUCAUAACGGCAUUCAGCCCACUUGGCAGACCUGGGGAGGAGAGCCUGCAUGGUGUCAGUCCCCUCAAGGAUCCAAAGGUGAUUGCAAUCGCAGAAAAGCACAAGAAAACUCCAGCACAGGUGUGCCUCAGGUGGCAGGUACAGAGGGGCGUGGUUGUCGUCCCGAAGAGCACCUCACCUGCCAGGAUCCUGGAGAACUCUCAGGUACAUGUAAGAAAGUGGGACGGAUCAGCACUGCGGUCAGGAACAAGCAUCGGGUGCAGCAUCGGGCACAGCCAGGGCAACCCGGAUACAAACCUGAAUGACUGUGUGAAUCAUGAGAACCUGGGACUACCAACACUCCAGCAUGGCGACAAGUUGGAGUUUAAAGCCCGAGCGACCAACGGCGGUUAUGUCGUCAUCAACAACCACGACCGUUCGGACGGGGUUGUGACCCAGAACGCCCGUCAGUACUACCAUGGGUCAGAGGUCACCCACACUGCCCACUUCACCUAUGACCUCCGUGACCCCGCCCACUGCUCUGUUGCCAGCAGUUGCUCCUCCAAACUCAUGGAGAUCGGUCCUCCAUACACCAAAAAAGGCCAGAUCCAGCUUAGCUGGCCAGGCUGGAGUGACGAAGGUUCAGGUCUGGGCCGGUAUGAGUACGUGGUGUACAAGCUCCAGCCGUACGGAGAUGUGCUGGGUAUGAGGUCCGUCACUCCCGUCAUGUCAGGGUCUCAGAACGUGUCAAGAGGAGCAGGCAUGGUGGACGUGACACUGAGUGAACCAGGUACUUACUGCUUUCUCCUGACCGUUAAUGACGUUGCCGGAAACUAUCAGCGCGCCCGAAGGUUCCUGAUCUACGAUGACGUCAACAACGUGACGGUGGACGCGCACCAACCACUGUGGACCGACAGCGCUGCAGCAAACACGAGUCAUCUGUGGCAAACCAACCUACAGAACUCACUUGGCGCGGGGACUAAGGUAUCUCUGAAGUGGCCUGGACGGUACCGUAACCUGUUCCACCAUCAACACAAACUGCUGGCCUCCAUUGAGCCGUACGACCCUCCCAUUGCAGCUGGGUACGAGGAGGUCACUGGUCUUCCUCCAAUGCAAAGAUCACGACAGGCCAUUCCCAACGCUUAUGGAAUCAUCAUUGCUGAGAGUGCGUUCGCUGUAGACCACGCCGGUGGACGGAGCAUCACCACUCCACCGAACACUUGGACAACAGUGCCUGACGUCAUGGCAGAACGAGUUGAUCUGGACAUUCCUAGGGAAGACGGUGACUCUGUUCGACUGUGGCUGCAAGCCUAUGACGUCAUGGGAAACUUCGUUCAAGAGGAUGUCCUCCUUCACGUCGACUCCUCUCCGCCUGUGGUGCAGAACGUCUGGCUCAAGAAACACGGAGUAACAGCCUUGGUCGGAAAUCACUCAUCUGAUCUGUUCACAAUAAGGUUUGGAUUUGAGGCGUUUGACGACCACAGCGGACUACACAACAUCCACUGGAGUCUUCAGGACUUCCUCAACAGCUCCAUUGUACACGGGGAAGGGCAGUUGGCAGUCAGAAGACCAUCUGUCCUCCAUCCCGAGUGUGACCCGCCUCACUGCGCCUGCAUCCCGAAGGACAGCGAGUGUUACUUCCGGAACUACGAGAUCGUGCCCGACCUCAGCAAGAUGGACAUCCCUCUGGGGUCACAUGAUCACGAUUACGUCGUCGUGAUCACGGUGACCAACAAUGCAAAGUUGGUGACGACAGUCACGUUCCAGCCGGUGUGCUCUGAUGGCCUCUAUGUGGACGAGUUCCUGUUUUGUGAAACAGUCUACAACAACAAAUGUUAUCGGCAGUCAAAAGACGCCCUGUCCCACAAGGAGGCCUCUGCUGCCUGUGUCAGCAUUGGAGGGCAGCUGGCAGAUGUCAAGGAACCAUCAGACCAGGAUAUGCUGGCCAGCAUCAUCCAGCAGUCUAUCAAUGCCUCUUAUUGGACGAUCAUAAAGUCACAGCUUCCCCAUUUCUUUCACGGGGACGGAUUCCCCUUCUCUGUGCAGUCAUCUUGGAUGGCUGGAGAUAUCUACAGCCCCUUCGACAUAUGUGUGCUCCUGGACCGAGACCAGAAUUACGAAGGAGACUACCACGCCUGCACGGAACAACACAACUACGUCUGCGAGUCUCCUGUUACACCAUGCCAGCCUAACGUGUGCCAGAACGGAGGAAAGUGCAGUUCGUGUUUCGUCGGUUCUCCCGUGUGUGACUGUCCUCCGGGGUAUACCGGCCUUCUCUGCGAGACAGGUAGAUGCUUGGUUUCAUAG